GUCCAUCCUGACUCUUUACUAUUUUCUUCUGCUGUGGCUCAUCAUAUCGUGUGGACCUUUCUGCCAAACAGGCUCACAAUCCACUCACAAAGACACUGCCUGCUAAAAAUUUAAUAUUUAAUCCCCAUCCAAUAUUUGUCUCGCACUACUCCUCAAGUGAGGGGCAUGCCACAUCAUCGAUGCAUCACCGGCACCUAUGAUAUCAUUUCUUCUUUGUCAUCCGCUACUGUACUUUAUAAUCUCGUUGUCUAGGGUCAUUUACCCCUCAGCAGUUCUUCUAAGACGCUGAAUUCAUUUCUAAUAGAUUUAUCAUGGCACAAUCCGCUCCUCGAGUUUGGUUGAUUACCGGUUCUUCUUCUGGGUUCGGUAGGGCGAUGACGGAAGAGGUCCUGCGUAAUGGUGAGAUUGUCGUCGCAACUCUGCGCAAACCCUCCGUCCUUGACGACCUCGCUGCCCAAUAUCCGCGCACUCAGCUCCUAGUACUCCCCCUGGACGUGACGAACGAAGAGCAGAUAAAACAUGUCUUCGCACAGGCCAAGAAUGCCUUUGGGCACAUCGAUGUCGUGUAUAACAACGCGGGGCAGGUGUUUUACCAGGAGUUGGAGGGGACGUCGACCAACUUGGCCCGUUCCAGGGCUAUAAUGGAUGUCAAUUUCUGGGGCGCGGCAGCGGUAAGCCUUGAGGCGGUUAGAUUCUUUAGAGAGGAAAACCCGAAGGGUUAUGGGGGGAUGCUCGUUCAAGUAUCGAGCGUGGCAGCGAUCAGCGGGGUCCCUCUGCUCGGGUUUUAUAACACUACGAAAGCAGCCUUGGAUUCGUUCACCGAAGUCCUUGCACAGGAAGUGCUUCCUGCUUGGAACAUUCGUUUCGUGAAUGUCCACCCAGGUUGGACGCGCACGCCUAUCUCAUCAAGUGAUAUGCUUGAGCCUCCAGCAGUGUACGCAUCAGAACCAGCAGCUGUAACCACGAAGAUGCGUUCUGGGCUUGAUGCGUUCAUCAAAAGCGAUGCGUUGGCUGACGUUGAGGUUGUGACAAAGCGCAUUUGGUCGGUGACACGGAUGAACGAUGAACACCUGCGAAAGGGUGUACAGGAGGGCAUUCCAGGCCUCGUGAACAUGUAUGUGGGUAUGGACUCGUUAGACCUUAUGCAUGCAAAGAUUGGGCGGCUGCAGGGUGAGCUGAUGUGGAAUACGAAAGUCCAUUAUGAGUACUAGUCUCGUGUACGUCUUUAAAACAAUCAGUUGGUUCCGGAACGCAGAUGGCAAUGAUUUUGCAUGAACUCCCAAGCUGAGUCGUAGCCAGGCCAUCGUCGUUUGUCAACC